CGCUCUCAUGAGAAGAUUUCAUGCCAGAUUUGUGAAAAUGCGUGAAAUUAAAUAAAAUUCUAAAUUUGCACAGAGCACUUUACAAGUGACACGCUGGCAGUGAAUUAGGCCUGUAAGCACAAUGUGAAAGCUGAAAUCAGCUUGAAAAGUGAAAAAUUCAACAAUUGGAAAAAGUGAAGAUUGAAAAAUUGCUAACUGGAGGUUUUACACAUUUUUAAAGAAAUUAAAAUUGGUUGAUUUAACAAGGGCUAAAAUGGUGUUCAGAGGUUUCAGCAUAGCUGUUGCCGCCGCACUGCUCAUUUAUGCCCCCGUCGCCCCCUGUCCCUCCCCCUGUACAUGCAGGAGUAACACUGUAGAUUGCUCGAAUUCUGGCUUAAAAGAAUUUCCGUCUGAUAUACCGAGGGAUACGGUCAAACUUGACUUGAGCUACAACGAGCUGACCAGCCUGGCUCCUGGUAGCCUGGAGAACCUGCCCUACCUACGGAUACUACAGCUGGACAACAACAAUAUCAACUGUAUUGAUGGAGAGGCAUUCCGGUCCCUUCCUCAGUUGGUCUCCAUUACACUACAGAACAAUAAUCUUAGCACUGUUCCAGAGAACAUUAAACACAGUUUACCGAGACUUCAAUCCCUUAGGCUUGAACCGAAUCCUCUAAAAUGUGACUGUGGUCUAGACUGGAUUCUCAACUUUGACACUUUGGCAACUUUAGCUCGGUGUCAAUCGCCCUAUUCCUUGUCUGGAAAAAGGAUUGCUGAACUGAAAAAGAAGGAUUUUAAAUGCACAGGUGAAUCGGUAAGUUUAUCCUGUACUGGAAGACAGGAGAGCUCUCAGUGCCCCCCAGGAUGUAAAUGCAUGGAAGGAAUUGUCGAUUGCAGGAACAGAGGGUUGACCGCAAUACCUUCAGUUUUGCCUGCAGAGAUGACGGAAAUACGGUUGGAGCAGAAUCAGAUAACAGAGAUACCAGCCAGGGCGUUCACCAGCUAUCCCAGGCUCAAACGGAUAGAUCUGAGUAACAACGAAAUCUCAAGUGUUGCUGGUGAUGCUUUCAGGAAUCUUAAAUCUCUCAAAUCAUUGGUUUUGUACGGAAAUAAGAUCACCCAUCUCCCCUCAAGACUAUUUGAUGGUUUAGCUUCUCUUCAACUUUUGUUGAUUAAUGCAAAUAAGAUUCAGUGCAUUCAAGCAGAUACAUUCGUUGGCCUAGACUCACUCAACCUUCUACACCUAAAUUUUUACUGCAGUCACCUUGCCCGGAACCCGUUCACGUGCGAUUGCCGCGUAAGCUGGUUGGUCGACUGGAUGAACCGGUUUCCAGUAGAGACAUCUGGUGUCAGGUGUGAGGAACCAAAGAAGCUGAACAGAAAAAAGAUGUCUUCUCUUAAUAUCUCACAACUUAAAUGUUACGGAACGGAGAAAUCCGACGAAUGCGCAAACUCUGAAGAAUGUCCGAAGGGUUGUUACUGUCAAGAGAAGACUGUUGACUGCUCUGGACGAGGAUUAAAGGAUGUCCCCAGCAAUAUUCCAACAACCACACAAAGGUUAAUCCUAGCAGAUAACUUUAUCAAGAAAAUAUCUGCUUUCGGACUCUUCAAUAGGAUCCCUAGUCUGGAGACCCUGGAUCUCUCGAGGAACAAAAUUGAUGAAAUUGAACAAGGAGCAUUCGAGGGAGCUGCGAGCAUAAAGGAAAUAAUACUGUCUGAGAAUGAAUUGGUUGAGGUGAACGGACCAAUGUUUCGAGGGCUGGUCAACUUAAACAAACUCUCACUGUACGGAAAUAGAAUCAGUUGUGUGACCCCUGGUGCCUUCGAUGAGCUGACCGGUCUUGAAUCCUUAAACCUGAUUUCUAAUCCAUUCAACUGUAAUUGUCAUAUGGCCUGGUUUUCAGACUGGAUCCGACAAAAAGGAUUAACUACAAGUGGGGCGAGAUGUGUAUCCCCGGUACACCUGAAGACCAGACCUAUCCAUAGUCUUGCCAGCCAUGAGUUCAGAUGUACAGGAGAUAAUGAUGGAGGAUGUUUAGGAGAUAACUACUGCCCCCCUGAGUGCACAUGUACAGGAACUAUUGUCCGGUGCAGUCAUGCAAAGCUGCAGGAAGUACCGAAGGGAAUCCCACGUGAGACCUCUGAGCUGUAUCUAGAUGUUAACGAGAUUAAGAAUAUAGACACAAACAGAUUAAACCAUCUGAAAUCUUUAACAAGGCUAGAUCUGAGUAACAAUCUUCUUACCGUCCUUCCACCUCAAGUAUUCUCAAAUCUCUCAAGACUUGCAACUCUUAUUGUUUCAUACAAUAAACUACAAUGCGUUCAGGAACACGCUUUUGGUGGUCUCAAGAAUUUAAGAAUUCUGUCUCUUCAUGGCAACGAUAUAUCUGUUAUACCAGAGGGAGCAUUUACAGAUACAACAGCUAUAACUCAUCUAGCGCUUGGGUCGAAUCCGUUUUACUGUGACUGUGACAUGAAGUGGUUGAGUGAAUGGGUUAAAACUGAUUAUAUUGAACCAGGGAUUGCAAAGUGUUCAAGCCCGCCUGAAAUGAAGGAUAAACUGUUGCUUACAAGCCAUACUUCUAUGUUCCAGUGUAUAGGUUUCUUUGUAAAAGACGACAUGCAGAUUUUUAACUUUACAUAUUUUAGAUGUGAAUGCCAAACUGGAUUUGAAGGUAUGCGAUGUGAGGUGAAUGUGAACGACUGCGAAGGAAACCUGUGCGAAAACAACUCGACAUGUAUCGACAAAGUCAGCGACUAUGAAUGUCGUUGUAAGCCGGGCUAUGAGGGCCGCUACUGUCAGACCAAGAUUGCUUUCUGUAAUGUCAACGGGAAUCCAUGUUCUAAUGGUGGAAAGUGUAAAGAUCAUUUCACCCACUAUACUUGUGAUUGUCCGUCUGGGUUCUCAGGGUUAAACUGUACCACAAAUGUGGAUGAUUGUGCGAACCACAUGUGUCAAAAUGGCGGAUCGUGUGUGGACGGGGUUAACAAGUACACGUGUGAGUGUCCGGCAGAAUUUACUGGAAAGUUCUGUGAAAUUGAACCAAUGGUUGCCCAGAUGUACCCGCAGACCUCACCGUGUACUCAGCAUGACUGCAAACAUGGUAUUUGCAUGGAUAUUCCAGGAUCCAGUGAUUAUAUGUGCAAGUGUGCUCCUGGAUACAGUGGGAAAAGAUGCGAGUAUUUAACAAGCCUCAGCUUUACUCAUAACUCAUCCUACGUAGAACUGGAACCCCUCCAUAUGGUUCCUGCAGCGAAUGUAACAAUUACUUUUGCUACUGAACAAGAAAAUGGUGUUCUUAUUUACGCAGGGGAUUACCAGCACCUGGCAGUUGAACUAUUCCGUGGGAGGAUCCGAGUUAGUUAUGAUGUUGGAAAUAAUCCUGUCAGUACAAUGUUCAGCUAUGAAAUCCUGUCUGACGGAAAGUCCCAUCAAGUUGAGUUGUUGGCGAUCAAGAAGAACUUUACACUGAGGGUAGAUGGAGGGCUCGCCAGAUCUAUCGUGAACGAAGGAGAGAAUGAUUAUCUAACUGUACAUAACUCUAUGUACGUUGCUGGCAUGCCGGGCGAGGUAGCGGAGAAAGCUCUCAAACUUUGGCAUCUCAGGAACGCAACAAGUUUCAAUGGAUGUUUACGAGAGGUUUAUGUUAACGACAAACUUGUGGAUUUUCUUCAAGCUGCAAAAAGCAGGCAUAAGGUUUCUCCCGGUUGUUCCCUUUAUCAAGAUGAACAACCCAAUGCCAACCCUUGCGACUCAAACAGAUGUGCUGAGGGACAGUGUGCUCCAUCUAACGGUGGCGGGUACAGAUGUAUUUGCAGGACAGGGUACACAGGACAGUUCUGCGAUGUACUAGGAAAGCAAUCCCGAUCCCGAACUAAAUCCCGAAACCGAUCCCGAUCCCGAACAAGCAGCACGGCACCGGCUUCCGGUCAGAGACAAAGAAUAACUUCCAAGAAAUGUCGCAAAGAUAAAUUUCGAGAUUAUUAUAUCGAACCUAAUGGAUGCAGGUCCGCCAAACCUUACAAGAUGUCAAAUUGUGUUGGAAGUGAUUCUUGUGGCGCAACCAAAUCAAGAACAAGAAGUGUUAGGUUUGUCUGUUCUGACGGCCGAAAGUACAAAAAGGAUGUGGAGAAUGUUCGUCGAUGUGGCCGAAAGCGUGACGUUUUCGGCUAAGAAUAAAAAAAAAA